AGGCGGGAGGUGGUGGGUACUCCCGGGGGUGGUGGUUGCCCGGAUGGGCCGUUAGUCGGAGCCCUGCCGCGGAGGAACGAGGGACACCGGCGCAGCUGAACCCGGCGCCAUCUGCCGCCAUCCGCCCCCGCCCCACCGCCAUCCCACCCCGGGGAGCCCCUGGGCCGGGUCCCGGACCCCCGCACACCCGGCCAGGCUCCGGCACGUUUUGGGGGAGGUGCCUGCAGGACCCAACAUACUCAAUGAGCUUCCAGCGCAAUGUCCGAUCGCUCGGGGCCGACUGCCAAGGCGAAGGAUGGAAAGAAGUAUUCCUCGCUCAACCUGUUUGAUACGUAUAAGGGCAAAUCCUUAGAGAUCCAGAAACCCGCUGUUGCCCCUCGCCAUGGCCUGCAGAGUCUUGGGAAAGUUGCUAUUGCCCGGCGUAUGCCACCCCCAGCCAACCUUCCAAGCCUGAAAGCUGAGAACAAAGGCAAUGACCCCAACGUCUCACUAGUGCCAAAAGACGGAACAGGAUGGGCAAGCAAACAGGAGCAGUCCGACCCCAAGAGUUCCGAUGCCUCAACUGCUCAGCCGCCGGAAUCGCAGCCACUGCCGGUUUCACAGACGCCUGCCUCGAACCAGCCGAAACGACCCCCAGCAGCCCCCGAGAACACUCCUUCGGUUCCAAGCGGGGUAAAGUCCUGGGCACAAACCAGCGCCACCCAUGGAGCACAUGGAGAUGGUGGAAAGGCAUCAAGCCUACUGUCGCGAUUCUCUCGAGAGGAAUUUCCGACCCUGCAGGCGGCUGGCGACCAGGACAAGGCUGCCAAGGAAAGGGAGUCUGCCGAACAGUCGUCUGGGCCCGGACCAAGCCUCCGCCCCCAAAAUUCUACAACUUGGAGGGACGGAGGUGGGCGUGGCCCUGAUGAACUGGAGGGCCCAGACUCCAAACAUCAUCAUGGCCACGAUCCCCGGGGGGGACUGCAGCCUUCUGGCCCACCCCAGUUCCCUCCCUACCGAGGAAUGAUGCCGCCCUUCAUGUAUCCCCCAUAUCUACCAUUCCCUCCACCCUAUGGACCCCAGGGACCUUACCGAUACCCUACUCCUGAUGGGCCCGGCCGUUUUCCCCGUGUGGUAGGCCCCCGGGGCUCAGGGCCACCAAUGCGCCUUAUAGAGCCUGUGGGUCGGCCUUCCAUUCUUAAAGAGGAUAAUCUGAAAGAGUUUGAUCAGUUGGAUCAGGAGAAUGAUGAUGGUUGGGCAGGGGCCCAUGAGGAGGUCGACUACACUGAAAAGCUCAAGUUCAGUGAUGAGGAAGACGGGCGGGACUCUGAAGAGGAGGGAACUGAGGGCCACAAGGAGUCCCAGUCAACUGCUGGUGAGGAACGGCCCCCUGAAACAGAUGGCAAAAAGGGCACCUACGCCAGCAGUGAACCUCCCCCUCCUAAGACAGCCUGGGCAGAGACCUCUCGGCCUCCAGAGACAGAGUCGGGGCCUCCUGCCCCAAAGCCUCCCCCACUUCCACCUCACAGAGGCCCCGCUGGGAACUGGGGGCCUCCUGGGGACCACCCAGAUCGUGCAGGCCCGCCCUGCAAGCCCCCAGCACCUGAAGAUGAGGAUGAGGCAUGGCGGCAGCGGCGAAAGCAGUCUUCAUCUGAGAUCUCCCUGGCUGUGGAGCGGGCCCGGCGACGACGAGAAGAAGAAGAGCGCCGCAUGCAGGAGGAGCGUCGGGCAGCCUGUGCAGAGAAGCUCAAGCGUCUUGAUGAGAAAUUUGGGGCACCUGACAAGCGGCUCAAAGCAGAGCCUGCUGCCCCCCCUGCUGCCCUUCCUGCCCCAGUGCCACCACCUGCUAUACCCAAAGAACUCCCCGCACCUCUAGCUCCUUCACCAGCACCAGCCCCAAUACCAGAAAAAGAACCAGAAGAGUCAGCACAGGCUCCUCCUGCCCAGUCCACCCCCACUCCAGGUGUGGUUCCGUCCCCUGUCCUGGUGAGUGGUGGUGGCAGUACUAGUAACACCAGCAGUGGCAGCUUCGAAACCAGCCCAGUGGAACCCCAGCUGCCCUCAAAAGAGGGUCCUGAACCACCAGAAGAGGUUCCUUCUCCUGCCAUACCCCCAGCCCCAAAGGUGGAACCCAAGGGUGAUGGGGCUGGUUCCACCCGGCAGGCCUCCAGCCAGGGCUUGGGCUACCCAAAAUAUCAAAAGUUGUUGCCACCUCGUUUCCAACGGCAGCAGUUCUGUCUCCAUCUGGUGCAGGAGCAGCUCUUAAAGCAGCAACAGCAGUGGCAGCAGCAUCAACAGGGCUCCACCCCACCUGCACCAGUGCCCCCAUCACCUCCACAGCCUGUAACCAUGGGGGCUGUGCCAGCUCCACAGGCACCACCCCCCAAGGCCCUAUACCCAGGUGCUCUGGGCCGGCCCCCACCCAUGCCCCCAAUGAACUUUGAUCCCCGUUGGAUGAUGAUUCCUCCUUAUGUGGACCCCCGGCUCCUCCAGGGCCGGCCCCCUCUGGACUUCUACCCUCCUGGUGUCCAUCCCUCUGGCCUAGUUCCUCGGGAGCGCUCAGACAGUGGAGGCUCGAGCUCUGAGCCAUUCGAGUGCCAUGCAGCCCCCCACUUAAGGGAUCGGGGCACCCCACCAGUGGAUCCAAAGUUGGCCUGGGUAGAUGUCUUCACCACCCCAUCAACUGAUCCUCGGCCACUUACUUCACCACUGCGACAGGCUGCUGAUGAGGAUGACAAGGGGAUAAGGAGCGAGACUCCUCCAGUACCUCCCCCACCACCCUAUCUGGCCAGUUACCCCGGCUUCCCUGAGAAUGGAGCCCCUGGGCCCCCACUCUCUCGCUUCGCUCUGGAGGAGCCAACUCCCCCAGGGCCCCGUCCACUCCCCUGGCCCCCAGGCAGUGAUGAGGCAGCCAAGAUACAAGCUUCACCGCCCAAGAAGGAAAUGCCCAACGAGGACACUCCACAGCUAACGGGGCCAGAACUCGCCCGAAAGCCUACCCGUGGAGUUGGAGGCCAAGGUCCCCCACCUCCCCGCAGAGAGAGCCGCACUGAGACCCGCUGGGGCCCUCGCCCAGGCAGCAGCCGUCGUGGAAUCCCUCCAGAGGAGCCAGGGGCCCCUCCCCGCCGGGCUGGGCCUAUAAAGAAACCCCCACCACCUACAAAAGUUGAAGAGCUGCCUCCCAAGCCCCUUGAACAGGGGGAUGAAACCCUUAAGGUCCCAAAGUCAGAUCCACUCAAGACAGCAAAAGGGAAGAUUGGGGGCGGAGGCCCCAAGGAGACUCCACCAAGUGGGAGUCUUUCCCCUGCCCCAAGGCUUCGGAGGGACUAUUCCUAUGAAAGAGUGGGUCCUACCUCUUGCCGGGGUCGGGGCCGAGGCGAGUAUUUUGCCAGAGGGAGAGGCUUUCGGGGAACCUAUGGGGGACGAGGGCGGGGAACCCGAAGCCGAGAGUUCCGUAGUUACCGCGAGUUCCGUGGAGAUGAUGGACGUGCAGGUGGGGCAGAAGGACCAAACCAUGCCCCUGCUCCCCGAGGUCGCACUGCCAGCGAGACUCGAAGUGAGGGUUCUGAGUAUGAAGAAAUCCCCAAGCGCCGCCGGCAGAGGGGCUCAGAAACAGGCAGUGAGACCCAUGAGAGUGACCUGGCCCCUUCAGAUAAGGAGGUCCCUUCACUUAAGGAAGGAAUACUCACCCAGGUCCCUCUUGCUCCCCCUCCAUCAGGAGCUCCUCCUUCACCAGCCCCAGCUCGUUUUUCUACUGCCCGCGGUGGGCGAGUCUUUACUCCCAGAGGAGUACCUUCACGCCGUGGCCGAGGGGGAGGACGGCCCCCUCCACCGGUUUGCCCAGGCUGGAACCCUCCAGCCAAGUCUCUGGCCCCCAAGAAGCCUCCAGCAGGUCCUUUGCCAAGUAAGGAACCUCUGAAAGAGAAGCUAAUCCCAGGGCCUCUGUCCCCUGUGGCCCACAGAGGCAACAGUGCAGGCAGUAACCUGGGCAUGGGUGUGGAAGAUGGGGAGCGGCCCCGAAGGAGGCGACAUGGGAGGGCUCAGCAGCAGGACAAACCACCUCGUUUUCGGAGGCUGAAACAGGAACGGGAGAGUGCUGCCCGAGGGGCAGAGAACAAGCUCUCUUCCCCAGUCCUUCCAGCCUCUACCCCUGGACCAGAGGGGAUCCUUACAACAGUAGCAGUGCCCCCACUGCCGCGCCAGGCAGCUGCUAAGUCUCCUGAUCUAUCAAAUCAGAACUCAGACCAGGCCAAUGAGGAAUGGGAGACUGCAUCUGAAAGUAGCGACUUUGCUGGUGAACGAAGAGGGGACAAGGAGGCUCCCCCACCAGUACUGCUGACUCCCAAAGUUGUGGGAACUCCUGGGGGUGGGGGCAGUGGAGCUGGACCAGGCAUUUCAACCAUGUCUUGUGGAGACCUCAGUCAGAGAGCAAAGGAUCUAAGUAAGCGGAGCUUCUCAAGUCAGCGUCCAGGCAUGGAAAGGCAGAACCGUCGCCCAGGCCCCAGCAGCAAAGCUGGCAGCGGUGGAGGAGGUGGUGGGGGUCCUGGAGGGAGGACCGGCCCAGGGCGAGGGGACAAGAGGAGCUGGCCCUCUCCCAAGAAUCGAAGCCGCCCUCCAGAGGAGCGAGCCCCAGGGCUUCCGCUGCCUCCCCCUCCCCCCAGCAGUUCUGCUGUCUUCCGUCUGGACCAAGUGAUCCACAGCAACCCUGCUGGCAUUCAACAGGCUCUGGCCCAGCUCAGCAGCCGCCAGGGGAGUGCAGCUGCACCAGGGGGGCACCCAAGGCCCAAGCCUGGUGCUCCCCAAGGCCCCUCUUCUCGGCCCCCAUCUUGCUAUGACUCUCAGAGAGCUAACAACAGUGUUGGUGUCAGUUUAGACCUCCACUUUGAGGAGCCAGGGCCGAUGGUGAGGGGGGUGGGUGAGACUCCCCAGGAUUCUGCAGGGGUUAAUCCCUUCCCCCCCAAGCGGCGGGAGCGGCCUCCCAGAAAAUCGGAACUGCUGCAGGAGGAAUCUUUGCCACCUUCUCAUAGCUCUGGGUUCUUGGGCCCAAAAUCCAAGGGCCCAGGCCCUCAGGGAGAGUCCAGAGAUGCAGGAACGGAGGCCCUGGCUCCUCACAUCUGGAAUCGUGUACCUGCUGCCACUAGUCGAAAGAGUUUCCGGCCUGGCCCCAUGGAGCCCUGGAUGGAACCCCUGAGUCCUUUUGAGGAUGUGGCUGGCACAGAGAUGAGUCAGUCUGACAGUGGGGUAGACCUCAGCGGGGAUUCUCAGGUAUCAUCAGGUCCCUGCAGCCAGAGAAGUUCCCCAGAUGGAGGACUCAAAGGGGCAGCAGAGGGGCCCCCCAAGCGACCUGGAGGUCCCUCACCCCUGAAUGCUGUUCCUGGUGAUGGUCCACCUGGCUCUGAAUCCACUGAACCUCCUAGGAGACGGCCACUUGCUCCCUCUAAUGGAGACAGAAAGGAGCUGCCCCGGGAGCAGCCUCUGUCACCUGGUCCCAUUGGCACAGAACGAUUGCAACGCACUGCAGACCGAGGUCCACAGCCUGGCUCCCUUCGGCCAUCCCGUCGACCCAGCCCCCCAGUCCAGUUUGGCACCAGUGAUAAGGACUCAGACUUGCACCUAGUGGUAGGAGACAGUUUAAAAGCAGAGAAGGAGCUAACGGCAUCAGUCACUGAGGCCAUUCCCAUAUCCCGAGACUGGGAGCUGCUCCCUAGUGCUUCUGCCUCCACUGAGCUACAACCACAAUCCAAGAACCUAGGUUCUGGGCACUGUGGCCCAGAGCUCAGCUCCUCAAGCCAGCGCUUGUACCCUGAGAUCUUCUAUGGCAGCCCUGGGCCUCCCAGUUCUCAGGUCUCAGGGGGAGCCAUAGACUCUCAGUUACAUGCCAACAGUGGAGGCUUCCGCCCUGGGACACCCUCAGUGCACCCUUACAGGUCACAGCCCCUGUAUCUCCCUCCGGGCCCAGCACCCCCUUCAGCACUGCUCUCUGGGGUAGCUGUCAAGGGCCAGUUCCUGGAUUUCUCAGCACUGCAGGCAACAGAGCUGGGGAAGUUGCCAGCUGGAGUUCUCUACCCUCCACCUUCCUUCCUUUACUCUCCAGCCUUCUGCCCCAGUCCUCUGUCUGACCAACCCUUGCUUCAGGUGCGCCAGGAUCUGCCAUCCCCUUCAGAUUUUUAUUCACCUCUGCAACCUGGUGGCCAAAGUGGCUUCCUCCCCUCUGGGGCCCCUGCCCAGCAGAUGCUUCUGCCUGUGGUAGACUCCCAGCUGCCUGUGGUGAACUUCGGCUCCCUGCCACCAGCACCGCCUCCUGCCCCACCCCCUCUUUCUCUGUUACCUGUGGGCCCUGCUCUGCAGCCCCCCAGUUUGGCUGUGCGGCCCCCACCUGCUCCUCGGGUGCUGCCUUCAUCUACCAGGCCCUUCCCCACUAGCUUGGGGCGAGCAGAGUUGCACCCAGUAGAACUAAAGCCGUUCCAGGAUUAUCGAAAACUGAGCAGCAACCUUGGAGGACCCGGGUCAUCACGUACUUCUCCAGCUGGAAGGUCUUUCUCUGGCCUCAGUUCCCGUCUGAAAGCUCCACCCUCCACCUAUAGCGGAGUCUUCCGCACCCAGCACAUUGACCUUUACCAGCAGACCUCCCAGUAUGAAUGUAGCCUGCUUGCUUUUCUACAUGUACCUACCCCCCAGGCCUCCCCACCUGAUGCCCUACGCUGGAUACCGAAGCCUUGGGAGCGGACAGGCCCACCUUCCCGAGAAGGGUCUUCCCAACGCGCAGAAGAGCCUGGGUCCCGAGGGGACAAGGAGCCUAGGCUGCCCUCACCCCACUGAGGGAAUUCCCCUUGCCCCCUACCCCCUGGGCCUUGUAUAUAGAUUAUAAAUAUAUAAGGGGGAAACGGGUGGGUGGGGAGGGGUUGUGGGGCUGGGGCCUCACUUGCCCUCCUCCCAGCUCCCCUGGUCCCCUAUCCCUGGGGCCGUUUGUUUAAAAAAUAGUAAUAAAA